AGGUGCAACAAAAGAUGCUUUUCUACCUCACAACUCUCUCCCUCUCUCGUUUUCUUUUGGAGGACCCUUUGAUCGUCCCCGAAAGUGAGACCGACAUGCAAAGGCGUACGACCUCGGAUGCUUGGCAUUACAAUGAUUUCUUGUGUAGAAAUUAUAUCCUUAAAGGAAUAGACGAUUCUCUCUACAAUGUCUAUAGUCCGAUUAAGACGACAAAGGAGUUAUGGAAUUCCUUGGAGAUGAAGUACAAGAUAGAAGAUGCCGGGAUUAAGAAAUUUCUCGUCGGCAAAUUCCUAAAGUACUUAAUGGUGGACACUAAGUCGGUGGUAAGCCAAGUUCAAGAGAUUCAAAUCAUCUUUCACGAUUUGUUGACCGAAGGAUUGAUUGUGAAUGAAGCCUUCCAAGUUGCAGCUAUUGUUGAAAAGUUACCACCACUUUGGAAGGACUUCAAAAACUAUCUCAUGCAUAAACGCAAAGAGAUGACAUUGGAGGACUUGAUUGUUCGACUUCGAAUUGAGGAAGAUAAUCGAAAAUCUGAAGUAAGGGCCAACCGGAGCGACUUCGAGGCUAAGGCAAACUUGGCCGAGUCAAGCUCUAAUAAGAACCGCAAGAGAACUUCAAAGGGAAAGCAACCUCAAACGAGCACCAAGAAGUUCAAAAGGAAUUGCUACAAUUGUGGUAAAUCUGGGCAUCUUGCGAAAGAUUGUCGUCUCCCGAAGAAGGGUAAAGAUAGCGCACAUAUAGCCGAGGAUAAAUCUGUUCCCAUUGACUUAUCUGAGCUCGAUCUAACCGCCGUGGUCCAAGAAGUUAACUUGGUUAAUAAUCCACGAGAAUGGUGGGUCGAUACGGGAGCAACUCCGCAUAUUUGUACGGAUAGAGAUAUGUUCUCGUCUUAUACCCCUAUCGACGGAAGGAAGCUAUUCAUGGGCAACUCUUCGACAUCAAACGUCGUGGGAACGGGAAAGGUGGUGCUGAAAAUGACUUCGGGCAAAGACUUGACGCUAACGGAAGUGUUGCAUGUCCUGGACAUCCGUAAGAACCUUGUAUCCGGUGCUCUUUUGAGCAAAGCCGGUUUUAGAUUAGUCUUUGAGGCCGAUAAAUUUGUAAUGACUAAGAAUGGUGUCUUCUUAGCGAAAGGAUACCUAGAUGAGGGUCUUUUUAAGAUGAAUGUAAUGAAUGUUAUCCACCAAGAGGCGAAGAAUAAAGAAAGUAUUUUUUAUUUGUUGGAGUGUUCUAAUUUAUGGCAUGAUAGAUUAGAACAUGUGAACUUUAACACAAUUAAAAGGUUGGUGAAUUUGGAAUUGAUACCAAAAGUUAAAAUUGAUUCACACAACAAGUGCGAAACAUGUGUUGAAGCAAAAGUGGCUAAAACACCAUUUAAACCGGUGAAGAGAAGCACUAGUCCACUCGA